GAUUUUUUUUUUUUUUUUCGUCUCUCACAUAUGAAUUAUUACCACCAUGUCUCAACAACAAGAUGAACUAGAUAUGACAACAGAUAAUGCUAAUCGUGAAGAAUUAAUAAAUAAUGUACUUGAAUUACAAAGUCAAUUAAGAGCACUUAUAUCACGAGUAGAUUCAGCCACGAAGGAUCAUCAUUCUUUAUUGACAGAAAACCAAAUGUUACAGAAAUAUAUCAAUAAUUCUCUAACUUCAACAGCAGUAUUUGGGGCAACAUCAGGGGCAACAACAGGCAAUCAAGUUAAUAAAUCAUGAAUAGAAUGGACUCGUCUGGUAGUGUUUAUAUAUUAUGAUAUCAAUAAAAGUUUAUUUAUUAUAUGAA